UGAUCUUCUCCGAAAGAAACUCCGUGAUCCUUUCACAUGCCGGACUUUUUCAAUCUCCUCCACAAUUUCGAGCCCAAAAGGUAUACAUUGCAUUGCAUCUGCAUGCGUAUGAUUCGUCGCCAUUUCCACGCGUCCUUCAACCCUUUCUUUUCUCGGAUCCAGUCCAAUUUGGAGCGUUUCUUCGCUUGUACCAGUUACACUUCACACUAACUGAAACAACACAACACACAAACACUGUAAACUUGGAAAAUGUAAUGUGAUUAUUAGAAUCGGUGUAAUGUGCGUGAUGAUGCUUUGAUGCACCGUGAGUUUGGUUUUUAGAGUGAGAAAGCUAUGGGCUGUAGAACUGUAACAACUGUUGUUCAAGUAUGUUGUUGUCCUUAUUGAGUAAGCGUUCGUUGGAGGUUGAUUCCAGAGAUUCUUAUGGAUUUGCAUUAAGGCCUCAGUACGCGCAAAGAUACAGAGAGUAUGCUUUAAUCUACAAGGAGGAGGAGGAUGAAAGAUCAGAUAAAUGGAGGAGUUUUCUUAAUCAGGUAGCCAAACCAACUCAACCAAGUUCUCCUGAGAUCAAAUAUACAGAAACAUUGAAGGCUGAAAGUAACGAGGUGAAAGAAGAGGUAAAUCUACAUAGGCUAAGUAAUGGGGAUGAUUCAAGUAGCAGGAAUUCUUCUGAAGGCGAGGAUGUAAAAAAAGAGACUGAUGCGGUCAGGGUUAGUGAGGGAGAAGAUUCAAGUGGCAGCAAGACUUCUGAAGGUAAUGAGGGAAUAGAAGAGACAAUUCUAAAUAAGGUUGACAACGGAUGUGACUCAAGUGUCAGGACAUCUUCUGGAGAUACUGAGAUAAAAGAGGGUACUAGUCCGGGGAGGGCUAGUGAAGGGGAUGACUCAAGUAACAAGAAGUCUGCUUCUAAUAGUGUAACAGGAAAUCUUUCUGGAGAAGAACUAUACCAUUCAGAACAAAAACAGACCUGUAAGGUUAAAUGCUGGGCUGAAAUCAGAUCAUCUCUUACUGCCAUUGAGGAAAUAUUGAGUUCUCGUGUCAAGAAGGGAAAUAAUAUGAAAUGUGAAAAGAUAAAUGGUAGUAAUGAACAUCUUUCAUCUAUAGAAGAAUCAGAACCUUUAGAAGGGGUUCAUGAUGAGAAUAUUCAGGAAGAGGUAUUGACCAAUGCUACACUAGAUGGUGGUAUCAGUGGCUCAAGGGAAGAAAAUGCCUUGAUAGAUCAAGACAUACCAGAACUGGAGUCCCUUGUUCAGGGAGGAGUCCCAAAGGACCUUAGAGGGGAGGUCUGGCAAGCGUUCGUAGGUGUGAAGACACGGAGGGUGGAGAGCUACUAUGAUGAUCUGUUAACUCAAGAAUCAAACGAUUGUGAAAUCAAGGGGAAAGAUGUUAUGUCUGGAGCAGCAGGGAAAUGGAGAAAGCAGAUUGAGAAGGACAUACCACGAACUUUCCCAGGUCACCCUGCUUUGGACGAAAAUGGCAGGAAUUCCUUGAGGCGUGUACUUCUAGCAUAUGCUCGACAUAAUCCCUCUGUUGGGUACUGUCAGGCAAUGAAUUUCUUUGCUGGUUUAUUGCUGCUUCUUAUGCCAGAAGAAAAUGCCUUUUGGGCAUUUGUUGGAAUUAUUGAUGAUUAUUUUGAAGGCUAUUAUACGGAGGAAAUGAUAGAAUCCCAGGUGGACCAGCUUGUUUUUGAGGAAUUAAUGCGUGAAAGAUUUCCUAAACUUGUUAAUCAUCUGGAUUACUUGGGAGUGCAGGUGGCAUGGAUAUCUGGACCUUGGUUUCUAUCAAUCUUUGUGAACAUGAUUCCAUGGGAAAGCGUUCUUCGAGUUUGGGAUGUGAUACUAUUUCAAGGGAACCGUGUUAUGCUAUUUCGAACAGCGCUGGCUCUAAUGGAAUUAUAUGGUCCUGCAUUAGUGACAACAACAGAUGCAGGUGAUGCAAUUACUCUAUUGCAAUCACUUGCUGGCUCAACAUUUGAUAGCAGUCAGCUUGUCUUUACUGCUUGUAUGGGUUAUCUGGCUGUGACUGAGGCAAGGUUGCAGGAACUGAGAGAUAAACACCGACAGUCCGUAUUAGAUGUUAUAGAAGAAAGGUCAAGGAAAGGACGAGUUUGGAAGGAUUCCAAAGGGCUUGCAUCUAAAUUGUAUAGUUUCAAGCAUGGCCCAGAGUCAUUGGUAGACGAAAAAAAAACCACUGAAGGAGGUGAUAUGGUAACUGAUAAGAAUGUGCAGCUCGAGUCCCGUUCCUCUGGUCUAGAUGAACUUCUCAAUAGCCUUAAUGUUGAUUCAGAAGUGGAUUCCCUACCUGAUCUCCAGGAACAGGUGGUUUGGUUGAAGGUUGAAUUAUGCAGAUUGCUGGAGGAUAAACGAUCUGCUAUACUCAGAGCUGAGGAGCUAGAAACAGCUUUAAUGGAGAUGGUGAAGGAAGAUAAUCGUCUGCAAUUGAGUGCAAGGGUUGAGCAAUUGGAGCAGGAGGUAGCUGAAUUACAACAAGCCCUUGCUGAUAAGAAAGAACAAGAAGCUGCAAUGCUGCAGGUCCUAAUGCGGCUAGAGCAGGACCAAAAAGUUACUGAAGAUGCUCGCAGAAGAGCAGAACACGAGCUUGCAGCUCAGAAAUAUGAAGUUCACGUGCUUCAGGAUAAGUAUGAGAAGGCCAUGGCAUCAAUCGCUGAGAUGCAAAAGCGGGUUGUUAUGGCAGAAAGUAUGUUGGAGGCUACCCUUUCAUACGAAUCUGGUCAAUCCAAAGCACUUUCUUCACCACGGGCUGGUCCCUCACGGAAGAUUGGCCUACUUAGUUUUGGACUUGGCUGGCGUGACAGAAACAAGGGAAAACCUAAUGCUGAGGAAUCCAACGAAAGUUUGCCCGACAGUGUCACUCCGAGAAAAGAAUCCAAUAACCAAGAACAAGGUAAAUAGAACAUGCAGAGCAGUGCCUCUAGAAGUCUGGAACCUCCCAAGAUGGUGCUCUUCUGUCAACUAAGGAGCUGUUAGCUGUUUUCUGAUAAUCAGUGCUAAAUUUUCCUUAUGUCAGAUAGUUGACUGAAAUUUAGGGUAAGAAUCCAUUUGUAUCAUCAUCAAAUUCCAAAACGGGUAGAUUUAUUUCCCUCAUUUUUUUUUCUCUAUCCACUUCACUAAAUUAAAACCGGAAUUGAUUCUUAUGUUGAUAGAUAAUUAGCUGUAGAAGGUAUAUACUGUCUCCUACGCCGUCGUUGGUAACAUGGCAUGAUUACACA